AUGUUGACGCCAUCUAUAGUUAGACCCGCGGGCUAUUUCUACGCUCUGGGAAACACCCCGGCAGUCAACCUCGCUCGUAAUGUGCCGCCUGGCACUGACGCUGACAUCCUCCUACUCGGCUGCGGUGAUGUACGCAAUAUUCUCUACACGGCCUAUGCCAACCAAAACAGUUUGCCUAGGAAGUUCGAUAUCACGUGUUGUGAUGUCGACGACUACAUUCUCGCCCGCAAUAUAAUAUUUCUUUCUUUCCUCGUCGACGGAAUAAAACCUGAGGAGCACGGCAGCCUGAGGGAUAUUUACUAUCAUCUUUACCUCAGUGGCUCAUCCUUUGAGUUUUUGCGGGCGCAGAUCCAAAAGCUUGCCGCAGCAGCCAAGUCGUGGAACUCAUGGCAGGAGAGCCGGUAUGGCUCUGUCAUCAAGUUCUGCGAUAGAUUUACGUUUGACGCAUUCGGUUCCGUGAUUACGCUCUUGUCUCAGUUGUUGCUGCAAAACGAACCUCCUGCGGCCUUUAAAAAUAGUCUCGAAAAAUCCAAGGCCGAGAGGGAAGCGCAGUACGGAGUCAAUGGAAAAGUCUACACUGGCGUGCGCUCUUGUGCUCCGCUGGCUAUACAGCCCGCCACAGAUACCCUUGAGGAUCUCAGGAUCUCGUUUGAGCAUUUCUGGGAGCAUGGAACCACGACCAAGCAAGAUCCUGACGACGAACCUACCGAACAUGCCAAUCCGAUGUUUUCAGGUCCUCUUGGUCAAGGAGACAGAGUCUUACAUUAUGCUACCGACCCCAUUCUGGGAUUUCAUCUUGCCACGGCUUAUGCGCACCUUAUAGAGGGUUCGCCAUUAUCAGGAUCGGGCAAGACUGUGCAUGGUAUAUCAAAGGCCGCCGACGCAGCCUUUGCUCAGUUUCGAGCAUGGGUUCGGGCGCUGGUUGACCUGAUUAGAAAAGAAUCCCUGAUUAUCCGCCCAGUGGUCGCAGACGCCUUGGCUUUAUGUCAAACCUUUCAACGCUGCAAUGCAUCAUCGCGUACUGAGCUCAACGCAAACCUCUUCCGCUCUCAGCUCUGCAAUGAACAGCUCAAGUUGGACUCGGACUGGUAUGGCCCAAAGGUAUCCGAAGCCUCAGCAGCGCCGAUUUUGUUUGAUGCUAUUGAUUCUUCCAACCUGUCCGACCACAUUGGUGUACUCAACAUUGUCAUGUCGUCCGGUCCGCUUCUCAAGGGCCGCCCAUGGUCCGCUCUUUCGACCGAGUCUCUGGUGAGCGUUACUACUGAGGGGAAAAGCCACUUUGAGGAACUCCUCGGUGGCGACACUCUGGCUGUGGGUGCAGCUCUUGGCCUCACCGUCUCGGAGUACUGGAUCAACUCGACAGUCACAAGUGACGUUCAGGAAGCGCUCGGCACCGCGCUCAGCGCAGGAAAGAAUGCCAAAAUGUCUCCCUACCGUAUGACAUGGAUCCCCGAUUCACAGUUUGCUUGCUACGGUGACUUGUCUCUGCCACCCGUCAAGAUGGAUGUUGAAGGGGCUGUGGCAAUGAUUUGGCAUGUAUAUCGCAACAUGUUUCAGCAGGAGAAUGCACAAGAGCUCCUCAGGGGCUCACUCGAACAGCGCAAAAGGAGAUUACAGAGCGCAGGUAUGCCAUGCUACCACCGCGGUACUUUUGUGGCUUUCGUCAAGGCUCUUGCAGCUCGGGUUCAGACAGACUGGGGAAAAGUGAGCAAAGAAAUCCUCGAGCGUGUCUACAAGGACACUUCAAUUAUGAUGGGCAACAACUUCUCCCAAGAACUCGCCUCGCAGAUGCAUAUUCAGGGUCUGCAUACAGAGCCGUGGCUCAGGAGCGAAAUCAGGCCCUCAAAGUCCCAGAACGGCCCCAGCUUCGCCAGGUGGAAGAACAUUCCAGAAGUUAUCGGAGUAUCUCUGGUCGUCCCGAUUGAGAAUCUUAAGAAAUUGUUUGCCGGUCUGCCAAUGCAACGAUCUGCCCUUGCUCUCCAAGCAAGCAUCAAAUCUAGUCAGGGUGAAUGGACCAACUACUUUGGCGACUUGCAGCUUAGCUUCGGCAAAGUCGAGAUCCAUGGAGCACCAGAAGAUGAUGAUUUUACCAUCGCAGUCAAUGCGCCAAAGGGCGAGGGAGGGUGGACUGGAAGCUUGCCAGUUGUAGCUUCGUUCUACUGUCCCACUUGUGCUCUGCAAGUCGAGCCUCUCACAGCACGGAUCAGUCUCGAUGUUCAGCCCACAUUGCAGGCAAUCCAGAUAUUUGCAGGGAAACCUGGAAGUCCUAUGCAAAUAUUCCAGACUGUGACUGGAGAUGCAUCUGCAGUCUUCUUUACACGGUACCUACCGAAUCAGAACGCGCAUCCAAUCUAUUCAAGUAGUGUGGAUAGAGCGUCAACAACCGCAGAACGUGACGAGACUAUGUCCUUGAGUGUUGAUGUUGAUGCCAGCACAGGCAAGAUGACUUCCUUGACUGGACGUAUUAAUAUUACCGAUGGCGAUGGUAUGAGAUUUCUCUCAGAGAAAGUGCCUAUUCAUCUUCGCCAGACAUCGCCGUUCAUCAUUGAAAUAGUUUUUGGCCAUGAUGACAAGGUAUACCCCUUGCAAUUUACUCUGCCGAUUGAGAAGGAGGGUUCCAAGACUCGAAUAGCACGGAAGUCCUCCUACGUGGAGGUUAUCGCACCUGUCUCCAAUCCAACCACGUCACCACAACUACAAGAUUUCAUCUCCCCAAUGGCCCUGACAUCGGACUUGUCCAUCCCAACCAUUGUCUCAGGGGCACUACCUUAUGUCAACCUUGAUACUCUACCAGUCCUAGACAUUUCCGACAAGGGCGCACUGCGCUGGCUGGUCACGCUGGCCUCGCACACAUUCAGCAGUCGGGAGCGGCGCAUCCGAGAACGCAUCAUGUCCGACACCCGAACCGUGUCCGCGGCACAGGCACUUCGUACAAACUUCAAGGAAUCGCUCUUCACUAUGUUUAUGUUAUCAUCUGGCCUUCAGGGUGACCAGACAGGCCUGUUCGCAAUCGAACGCGCAGGCAACGACGGGCCCGGCAGCGGCUCUGUGCAGAUGAUCGUGGCCGUGUCGGCUCUCCGCCUGGAUGCCGCGGCAGCCGGCGUCGUUGCAGAUGCGGCCGUGCUGCCCUUGACUCGCACCAUAGUGGCCGGGGACGUGGACCUGCGCGCAUUUCUGGCUAUGCUGCCUAGCUUCCAGGUCUGCUACGUGUCGGCGGACGAUGCCGAGCUCGCGCUCUGGCGCAGGGUGCUGCCAGCGCUGGCGGAGCGAUGUCGGACGUGGCCUCACGGCGGGGACUGCGAGUACAAGGCCGCCGGUGCGACUAUCCCCCUCCCCGGUGAGCACGGACAGCAAGGGGGCGGGAGCGCGGUGGUCUGUUCGUGCGGCAGGGGGAAGCUGCCCGAGGCGUUUGUCGCGCUCCCCGAGUGGGAUUCGACGGCUGCCCAGUACGCGACGCGGAUCGCCAUCAGUCCGCUGUUUGCCGUACCCUUUGUCGAGGAGGUUGUUGAUAAGGCCGUGGUUGAGGCGCUCAAAAGAAAGGCAGAGGACCUCGACGUGGCGGACGUGGUGGAUAUGUGCCGAACCUGCGGGAGACCCGAAAGUGGGACACAGAAGUUGAACCGAUGCAAGGCGUGCUUGGAGGUCAAGUACUGCUCUGUUGAUUGCCAGAGGGCCGACUGGAAGACAAGGCACAAGCGCGAGUGCCAGCCCGCGCAGCCUUGA